AUGUCUACCGAAACUGCUUUAGCUUACGCUGCUUUAAUCUUAGCUGAUUCUGAAAUUGAAAUUUCUCAAGACAACUUGAUUACUUUAGUCAAGUCUGCCAACAUCGAAAUUGAAGGUAUCUGGGCUGACAUCUUCGCCAAGGCUUUGGGUAACCAAAACUUAAAGGAUUUAUUAGUUAACUUCUCUGCCGGUGCUGCUCCAGCUGCCGUUGGUGGUGCCUCUGGUGCUGCUGCUGGUGGUGAUGAUGCUGCCGCUGCUGAAGAAGCUGAGGAAGAAGCUAAGGAAGAAUCCGACGACGAAAUGGGUUUCGGUUUAUUCGAUUAA